AUGGCUAGUGAAACACUGGAAGGUUUCGUCAAGAAGUUGCGGACAAUGUCCGGCAUCGGCCUAGUCGGUCUCUCCCGGUCUUGGUCUGAGGUUCGUGUCACAAUUAGCAGCAGCCUGGUGCAUAUCGAGACCACCAACUUCCGACCUUCAGUCAAUGAGGGUAACAUCGAGUGUAAAAGGUUCAGCUUCGAGACCAUUCGGGAUACGGCACAUGGCGCACUACAGCUCGGGAUGCGAGAAAGCGAAAUGCAGCGUGACAGCUUUUAA